GUGACUGCGUUUUUAUUUCCUUUUAAGCGUGCGCUUUUAAAAAUUAGAUACUUAAACUGUUUGAUGCCGGAUAAAAUCUAAUGAUGACUUUGGUUAUACAAUUCAUUUUUUGGAUAUUACUUGAUAUCAGUCCAUUGUUUGCAGUAACGUUAACAGGUAAUGGAACCGUCGGAGGUUUCACCGUCCAAGAGAACCUACCAUUGAAAAUGACAUGCUAUACGACAACGGAUGUGCAGCUUAUUUCUUUUCGAAUAAAGAACGUUAACAGUCUCACUGUGAUCACAUCUGUAGGCUUUAUAGGAUCCAACUGUAUAACUGAUCCGGUGCCACCGUCCUACAUGAACUGCUCUUGUGUCAGUCGAAAGGAGUUCGUUUGUGUUAUUCUGGCAGUUACCAGGGCCAUGGAUGGAGAUAUAUGGCUGUGUACGCUCUUGGACCUCACUAGUAGUGGAUACAAGACCAUUGUUAUAACAAUCGGCAUAUCGUCUGUGUCUGUGGUGUCUCCGGUGGGCGGGUCUGUCUCCGUUGUUCAGAACACAUCACGACAAUUCCAAUGUGAAACUUCGACUGGUAACCCUCGCGCAACGGUAGAGUGGUACAAGGAUAAUGGUACUCCGGAUGAUAGGACCGAUGAUUCUCAGAUCAGCACUGGCAGUACUACAGAAUCACAAACAAGUGGCAAACUGCUGUUGACAGUCGGUAAACUAACGAUGACAGUACAAAGCUCCGACCAAGGAGUAGGAGUGUACUGUAGGGCAAACAACAUUGGAACCUGGAAAUAUUCAUCUAGCGUUACAAUUGAUGUCCAAUUUGAACCGUCCAGUCCGAAGAUAAUAUAUCUGAUGAAUUCUGAUGAAGCCUCUCCUCUUCGAGUGAUCUCUGGACGUUCCAUGACGCUAACUUGCAGCAGCACUGGAAACCCGAUUCCUACAUUCACGUGGACAUACCCUGGAGGAGAGACACAGAGUAGCUCCACUCUCGUAUUGGCAAGCAUAUUACCUACAAAUGCUGGGACAUUCACAUGCACAGCAAAGAAUACGUUAUCACCAGAAGAAGGAAACGCUAGUGUAAAAAAGUCACAAACAAUCAUCACAAUUCAAGUCCUGUAUCCUCCAAGUACACCAGUAUGCAAAUUUAGCGGAGCGGCUAUCUCAACUUCUGUUAAAGUACUGUGGGACGCUAACACGACAAUCAGCUGCACGAGUUCCGCCAACCCACCUUUGAUCACAUACACCUGGUUAACUCCAGGCCGCGGACAAGAGCACGGAGCCAGCUUAUCCCUGACAAAUGUGCAGCACCCAACUGACCAAGGCCAGUACACUUUAAUGGCCACAAACACAAUGGAUCCCACUGGGUAUAGCAGGGAAAAUGGAACUAGCAAGACGUCAUUUUUGGUAGAUGUACAGUUUCCUCCCGUAGUUAAGCCGCUUACAAAAGUCGUGGUACUUGAACGAGGCAAUGUUUCUGUUGCUUGUCAGGUAACUGCUGGUGUUCCUAACAGGACCGACUUUAAGUGGGAAAGAAUGUCUGACAUGACACCUAUAUCCGUGGAGCAGACACUUAACAUCGCAAACAUAGAUCGAACACAGGAUGGAUAUUACAGAUGUACAGCUUCAAACCUCAUGGAACCUACAGGAUGUGAUGUUACCAUUGGUAACAGUAGCAAAUCAAUCUACAUCGAUGUGCAAUAUGGGGCGAAAGUGACGAAUUUUACCUUAUUGCAAAGUGAUCACGGUCAAAUCUUUGAAGUGAAUGAAAACACACCAGUCACAUUAUAUUGCCAAGCUCAAAGUAAUCCAUUAUCUACUAUGUCGAUGUUGAAACAAGGUCAAGAUUUAAUUACUCAUAGUUACAAAAACGAUUUGGAAUUCACGAUCAGCAAAAGUGUCUGUGAGGACGAAGGCACUUACCAGUGUAGAGCUCGAAAUACGCACAAUACUAAAGCUGAUAUCAGUUCAUUCACGCUAUUCGUCAGAUGUGCACCUCGUCCAUCGUCAUUGGUGCCAAAACAACAGAACGUCACAAGCGCAACCGGAGUGCCUGCGGUAUUAACUUUUAACCUUGUAGCCUUUCCACGACCACGUGUGGGGGACUUUUUGUGGGAAAAGGAAUAUUCAGCUCUUGAUGUCUGGCAUAGCGUUUCUAAUGGCACAUACAUCAACAUAAUUAUUUCUGCAGACCGACUUCAAACGAAAUUAUUCUUCAGUUCCGUAAAGCAAGUCGAUUUCGGUUAUUACCGUGUACAUAUCAACAACGAACUUGGAAAUUAUACUGAAACGUUUAGACUGCAGGCGCAAGGUUCCAGUGCUGGUCCAGUUAUUGGCGGUGUUGGCGGAAGUAUCGCAGCAAUCGUGGCUGUAACUAUUGUCGUGGUUAUUCUAAGACGGAAGUAUGCAGUGAAUUGCAACACUGUCAGGAAAAAAGAUGUGCCUGCUGGGCAAUCCAUAUCCGGUACAGACCAUCCUGGAUAUAAUGCAGAUCCGAAGUAUGAAGAAGUGUCAAUGAUAACUGCCAUAUCGGUUUAUGAAGUUCUUAAAGAUGGAGAAAAUGGUCCCGACAAAUCGCACGUGUAUACAGCGUUGGAUGGGUCAAGUUCCAAACCCAAUGCAUGCUACGAAAAUUUUAAGACAGAGGAUCCCGUUUACAACAACACGAUGCUGAAUAACUCGGCACAGACGGUGCUUUAAGUGAAUAAUUGAAAGGACGUCACAAGUAUGUGAUGCCGUCAGAGAAUGUUAAUACCCAGAAUUUCAAAAUAGCAUUGCAAGUGGAAUUUGUUAUCUCCAAUAUUUUGCCACUCCAUGCUGAAGUCCUACACCAACAUAAAACAAAUACAUGAAGAUUUUCAGAGGAAACUUCAGAAAAGAGAAACAUUAGAGGGAGGAUAUGAUUAUAUUCAUAACGCGUUUGUUCAAAGAUACUUCGCUCAUGAUUUUAUAAAAUGCACUUGAUUUGUACGACGAAGUAAAGUGUGGCAAAUCAUUUGGAGUGUUUAAACUAAGAUACCAAAAGCGGGAACCCUUCAGCAUGUUUAUAUUUGCUCCAAAUUGUCUUUGAAGACCACACUUUUCUGUAGCGUUGACAACGCCAAACACUUAAUUACAGCUUUGUUUGUUGCGUGAUUGGAUGAUUGACAUUACCACUUGAUGUUACCUGGACUGUUAACAGGUCAAAUAUCAACCACUGCUGUGAUGCAGAAUUCAAUGAAGUAUGGUUAUAUCCGGAGUAUAUUAAUAUUGAUUAUUUUAUUACUAUAAUGGCUAUAUUUAGGAGAAUAUUAAUCGACUCAUUAGUUAGGCAUUGAAAAAUGAUAUAGACUAUAGUUCACUAGUGUUGUACAGAGAACUAAAAUCUACUAUUCAUAUGUCAUCGUAUAUAGAUAAAUUGUAUUGCCGUAGAUUUAGAAAUAUUAUUGCUAGGUUAAGAUUGUCCUAUCAUAUGUUAAAUGUUGAAAGAGGCAGAUAUGUUUAUAUUGAAAGAAAUCAACGUAAAUGUGCAUAAAUUUACUAUGCAAAACCAAGUACGUUUACAUUUAUUCAAUAAUUAAACUCUGAAAACACUGCAUAUCUGCGAAAACUAGCUUUUAAUUGCAAACAUUAUUUUAAGCUACAAUAUGACGGCUUUAAAUAAUAAUGCUUAACUUUAUUUCGUUCAAAUGUUGAAAACAUUGAUAUAUUUAAAUAUGUAUAUGUACUCUCGCAUUUAUCAA